AUGUCCACCAGAGCCGCCGUUAACAUACUUUCUAUGGACGUUGUGCAGCUAUCGCAUUACGUGAGAAAAAGAUUCCAGCCGUCCCUUGUGGCCACAGAGGACAGUGAUGAAAAUCGCGAUUUGGCAUAUCAAAUACUCGCUCUGAAGGACCAACUGCAAAAUAAUAGAAGGGAGCGAAUCAAAAUAUUCUACAAUCUGGUGCAGGCAGCUCACCACGGGUUCUUUGGCCACAAAGCCACGCGAAAUAUAUACAUAGGAUUCCCCUACCUCCAUCGCCACUUUAGCGAAAAUUAUCGCACAUUUGCAGCAGGCAAACCUGAUCCUAACUCAGGUUUGGGUGACCAACUCCUUUUCGAUGCUGGGAAGCUGCUGUCUCAGCACACAUUCUCUGCCGCAGCGGCACACCUAAGAGCCUUUUCGAAUGACCAUGCACUAAUUAUCGUAGAUGAAGACGUUAGAUUGAGCAAGUUGUACGUCAAAACGCUUCUCGAGUUACUGGGGAAGAAUGCCUUGACCGAUGAAAUAAAGGACGAAAUAAAAAACGCUCUCUCACAGGCGGUGAAACAGUGGUCAAUUGAACUUACGGGAGAAGAAAAUGUCGACAAUCUCAUUGAACUUUUUGCGCUCACCUCCAGUCUAGGCCUUGAGGACCCCGGUCUAAUGCCUGUCAUCGAAAACUUGAUACGAGGAAAGCGCACGCCCUUAUCGAAUAAGGGUAAUAAGGUGUGA